AUGGCCAUCCUCCUCUCUGCUGCCUACAUGGUGAGCCCGCCCCCACGUGCAGCAAGCCGACGGCAAUACUACGGUCAUGUUAGAUACCGAACCUACCUCGUCAUCCACCGGAAGCCACCAAACGCCGACGCCAUGGACGAAGAUGCGCACCGCCGUUGGCACGAGUCUUUCCUGCCGAGCACCGUGAUUGGCUACUCCGGCGAGCCACGCCUCCUGGACUGA